AUGGCUGCUGCGCCGCGCGCGCGCUCGUCCUCCCGCCGCCGCCGGUGCCUCGCCGUUCUGCCGGCGGUCAUGGCGGCGGCGCUUCUCCUCCUGGCCUGCUGCGCCGAGGGAGCGGCGGCGGGGCACGGCGGCAGGGGGCUGACGCGGCGGAGGCAGCUGCUGAAGCAGCGGCAGGUGCAGUACCACCUCAAGCGCCUCAACAAGGCGCCGCUCGCCAGCAUUGAGAGCCCGGACGGGGACAUCAUAGACUGCGUGCCCAUCUCCAGCCAGCCCGCCUUCGACCACCCUUUGCUCAAGAACCAUACUAUCCAGACGAGGCCUGCAUACCGCCCAGAAGGCCUGUAUGAUGAAUCCAAGGUCGCAUCCCAGAAGCAGCGCACGCAGACAAUCACCCAAAUGUGGCACCAGAACGGCCGGUGCCAAGAGAGCACCAUCCCAAUCCGGAGGACCAAGAAGGAGGACGUCUUCAGGGCCAGCUCCAUCAAGAGGUAUGGCAAGAAGACGCACCUCAGCACCCCGAACCCCUCGUCCGUCGACCCUGCCAUGCUCAAUGAGAACGGCCACCAGCAUGCGAUAGCAUAUGUGGAGGGGGAUAAGUACUAUGGAGCCAAGGCCACCAUCAAUGUGUGGCAGCCAAGCAUUCAGCAGGGCAACGAGUUCAGCCUCUCCCAGCUUUGGAUCCUGGGGGGUUCCUUUGGGCAGGACCUCAACAGCAUUGAAGCAGGGUGGCAGGUCAGCCCAGACUUGUAUGGAGACAACAACACCAGACUAUUCACCUACUGGACUAGCGAUGCCUAUCAGGCAACAGGGUGCUACAACCUGCUCUGCUCGGGGUUCAUCCAGACAAACAACCAGAUAGCCAUGGGCGCCAGCAUCUUCCCUAUCUCCAACUACGGUGGCUCCCAAUAUGAUAUCAACAUUUUGGUAUGGAAGGACCCGAAGGAGGGCAACUGGUGGCUGCAGUUCGGCAACGACUACGUGCUGGGCUACUGGCCGUCGUUCCUCUUCUCGUACCUGGCGGACAGCGCGUCGAUGAUCGAGUGGGGCGGCGAGGUGGUGAACACGGAGCCCGACGGCAGCCACACGUCCACCCAGAUGGGCAGCGGCCACUUCCCGGAGGAGGGGUUCGGCAAGUCGAGCUACUUCAAGAACAUCCAGGUGGUGGACUCGUCCAACAACCUCAAGGCGCCGCGGGGGAUCGGCUCCUUCACCGAGCAGUCCAACUGCUACGACGUGCAGAACGGCAACAAUGGCGACUGGGGCGCCUACUUCUACUACGGCGGCCCCGGCAAGAACCCCAACUGUCCAUAG